AUGGAAGCCCCAGUCGUCAAGUUCAAGAAGCGGACCACCAAAACUGCCCCUCGCAAAGUUGCCCCGCCGCCGCCACGAUCAGAUUCCGACGCCUCGUCAGGCUCGGAAGCAGAAGGCGAUGAUGGUCAUGUAGUCAAGCGACGGAAGAUAAACGACCAUGCCCUGAAGGCGUCCACAGCGGACCAGAAGGCCAACUCGAAAUUUGAAGGGACAACAACGUACGAAGCCGACCGCUCGGCCGUAAUAGAAGCAAGCACCGAUGCCACGAAGCAAUCGAACUGGUACGACGAGGAAGCAGACAACGCUCUGAGCUCCAAGAACCUGCUCGGUAGCACGCGCUCGAAACCACAAACACUCGUCGAGAAGAAUCCCGACGCACCGACGCGACAGGUCGGGCCACAGAAGGCCUCAACGAAUAUCCGCACCAUAACCGUCACCGACUAUACGCCAGACGUAUGUAAGGACUAUAAGCAGACGGGGUUUUGCGGCUUCGGCGACAACUGCAAAUUUCUCCACGCCCGUGAGGACUAUGCAGCAGGCUGGAAGCUGGAUCGAGAAUGGGAGAUGUCAACCAAAGGCAAGAAACCUGGAGGCACAGUUGUUGCAUCGGCAAACAGGGACGAGAAAGAAAAGGACGAAGAUGGCGUCGACCUGGCUAUUCUCGACAAGAUACCGUUUGCCUGCAUAAUAUGCAAGAAGCCGUACAAGACUCCCAUCAUCACAAAAUGCGGGCAUUACUUCUGCGAAGCUUGCGCGUUGAAGCGAUAUCGGAAAGAUCCGACCUGUGCGGCCUGCAGCGCUAAAACGUACGGUGUGUUCAACGGCGCGAAGAACCUACAAAAGCUGCUAGAUAAGAAGCAAAAGUGGGAGGAUAAGAAGAAGGCAGAAGCCGAAGCGGCGGAGAAGGAAGAGGAGGGCGGCGAUUGA